UAUAUAGUCCCAGCGGACCGACGCUGAUGAUUCGAGCUCGUAGUUCUGAGAUUUGUCAAAACUACAUCGCUCCAUUCCUACGGGAGUACGGGCUCCCGUCUUAUACUCGCGCGCAACGUCACGGCUCUCGGCGAGACUCGAGAGUAUAAAAAGGGCCGGCAAAGCCCGCUCCCCAGCAUUAUUCUACUACUUGGAACUCUCGCAGUUCUCGAUUCAUUACUCAAGUAUAACUCGUAUAGCCAAAUUCUGUCAUCAUGUCCGGACGUGGAAAAGGAGGUAAAGCCAAGGCCAAGUCCAAGACCCGUUCGAACCGUGCUGGUCUGCAGUUCCCCGUCGGCCGUAUCCACCGUCUCCUGCGUAAAGGCAAUUACGCCGAGCGAGUCGGUGCCGGGGCUCCGGUCUACCUCGCCGCUGUCAUGGAGUACCUGGCCGCUGAGGUUCUCGAGUUGGCUGGCAAUGCCGCUCGCGACAACAAGAAAACCAGGAUCAUCCCUCGCCAUCUCCAACUGGCCAUACGCAACGACGAGGAGCUGAACAAGCUACUCUCCGGGGUCACCAUCGCUCAGGGCGGCGUUUUGCCCAACAUCCAGGCUGUCCUCCUGCCAAAGAAGACCGAGACUUCCAAAUCUGCGUCUCAGGCAACCAAGAGUUCUCAAGAAUAUUAGGCUCGAAAAGUUUUCAACUUGCAACUAGACUCUCGCACAAUCGGCCCUUUUCAGGGCCACUAUUUAACUAUAUACAUUUUUUCUCUUUCAUUUUCCUUGAUCAAGUGCUACUUGAAGUGUAAUUUUUUUCAUAAUAAAUCAUAGCAGUGCAUAAAGGUAA